UUCUGUAGAUGAGUUUUAUUGUUGGUGCCAAUGAAGUGAAUGCAUGUUAUCAAAGUGUGCUUCGAAUGCAAGACAUGAGUAAAAUAUUUUAUGUUUAUUGUGCUAUUAGUGCGGUUAUUUUUGCGUAUUGGCUGAAAGUGAAAGUGGAGGAUCCUACUUUUCCUUAUUUUGAAAAUAGUAAUCCAGUAUUGAAAAUACAUACCGGACAAAUUCGUGGACAUCCGCUCAAAACAGAAAAUGGAAAAUCAUAUUAUGCGUUUCAAGAAAUUCCUUAUGCUGCUCCUCCCGUUGGAGAACUCAGAUUUCAGGAAGCCAUUCAACCAGAACCCUGGAGUGGUAUUUUAGAUACGACCAAAAAUACAAAAGUUUGUUAUCAGAAAAAACCGCCAUUGGAUGACCAAACACCAGAUCCGAGAGAAAAUGAAGACUGUCUAUAUUUGAACGUUUUCACUUCCAAAAUUUUCACCGAGCUUCAAGAGUCCAAUCUCACAGAUUACAUAAAAAAGCUGCCGAUAUUAACUACGUUCUUACGCCCAAAGAAGAGAAAAGAUUAG